AUGGGCUUCUUCUUCAACUUCGUCGUAGCACUCUUCGCGGCGCUUGGCUCCUUCUUGUUCGUGAGUAGAGCUAUAUCAUGCUCGCAUAUAUUCAACCUUGAUCACAGUGACUCUGGCAUUAUCGGCUCAGUUGUCUCUGCCGAGUUUGACCAAUUCCACUCCUACUUCAAGCAGCCGAACGACGAUAUAAUCGGUGCUAUCGUCUCAACUUUCGCUGGUGGAUGUUUCUUCGGCGCCGCUGCAGCUGGUUGGCUUGCGACUCAUAUUGGCCGAAAACGUACUAUCCAGACGGGCGCUCUGAUCGGUAUAUUUGGCUGUUCUCUUCAGACUGGAGCACGUAAUGUCGGCUUCCUCAUCGCUGGUCGCUUUAUUGCCGGCUUAGCCAUUGGAUGCUUGAGCAUGAUUGUACCUCUCUACCAGAGCGAGAUCUCUCCGCCACAUAUGCGAGGACUUCUCACAGGUCUAACGCAAUGGAUGAUCGGUCUCGGCUUCCUUGUAGCAAACUGGGUUGGAUAUGGCUGCCAGUUCCUCAAGAACGAUGGUCAAUGGCGAAUUCCCUUGGCCAUUCAGAUUGUCCCAGCUGUCAUGCUCCUCCUAGGAAUGUUCGUCCUACCAUUCUCCCCUCGUUGGCUCAUCGCCCAGGGCCGCGAAGAAGAGGCAUACGCUGUCGUUCAGAAGCUUCAUAGUAAUAUCAAGAAUGAAGAAUUCACAAAACUUGAAUUCGCGGAGAUGGUUGAACAAUCAAGUAUGAGAAGGAACACUACCAGACCAGAGUGGGCACCUUUGAUUUCUAAGUUCUGGGCGGUAGCUCAACUUCAUCAGUUCUCAGACCUUUGGGCAACGAAGGCCAUGGCACGUCGUACGGCAACUGGAAUGCUGGUACAAAUCUGCUGCCAGUUCACCGGAAUCAACGUUUCCGCGUAUUUCCAACCAGCUUUGUACCGCGCUCUUGGUCUCAGUGGUCCCAAAGUCCUUCUCAUUACCGGUAUCAACGGCGCCUUGGGCACCAUUGUCACUGGACUCUUCAUCGCAGUCAUACUCGACCGCGUAGGCCGCAAGCCGCCGCUCAUCGUUGGUGGCAUCGGAAUGGCCAUCUGUUUAGCAAUCGAAGCAGCUAUCAACGCCAAGUGGGGUGGCGAAAACGCGAAUAACCGCGCAGCGCAACAGGCCGGAAUCGCCUUUAUCAUCCACUUCUUUCGGACCAGUCUCUGGGUAUACCAGAGUGAAAUCUUCCCCAUGAGGAUACGGGCUCUUGGAACCGCCGUCUGUACUUGUGCCAAUUGGGCCACCAAUGUUCUCAUCUCGCAGGUUUCUCCUAUCGGUAUGAGUAAACUUCAGUACAAGUUCUAUAUUCUUUUCGUUGUGACGAAUAUAUGCAACGUGAUCAUCGUUGCUGUCCUAUUCCCCGAGACCAAGGGCAAGUCUCUUGAGGAGAUGGAUGCAGUCUUCGGUGACCAGGAGAUUCCGCAUGCGCUUGAAACAAACAAGGCCCAUAAUCUCAAAGAAUCCUCUUCAAGCCAGGAGGAAAAGGGCGAAUACAAGCAAGAGGAACGCGCUUGA